CGAGUAGUUGUUAGUAGCGUACACCAAGAUAUGUUUAAAUCGUUAGGUUUGCCUAGUUCUAGUAGGUUACUUCCAGUGAGGUCAUUCUCUACUUCCCUCACAGCAAAUGCCCCUGCUGCUGUCAAGGCCAGUCGAAAACAACAAAGACUCAAACAAAGAAAAUAUAAAACCGCACCACAAACCCAUCCAUUAUACUUGCCAGUAUCACAAGCAUUAAGAUAUUUACGAGCAUUUGCCGUAGGUCAACCUAAUCACAAGCAAAAAAUUACAUUACAAAUGGCAGUCAGCCAAGAUAAAGGUGCCCAUCCCCUCAAUGGUAACAUUCAAUUCCCUAAUCCUGUGAUUGAUUUCGAACCAAUUGUUUUCACUACCAAGAAUGACAAGAUUGAAGAAUUAACUAAACAAGGUAUUAAAUUAGUUGGUGGUGUUGACUUGAUCGAAAAAAUCAAGGCCAAAGAACUUCCUCUUGAUUCUUUAACACAUGCAUUUGCUACGCCAGAAAUCGUUGACAGAUUAAAACCAUUAGCAAGAACCUUGGGUCCUAAAGGGUUAAUGCCAAACGUUAAGAAGGGAACCGUUACUGAUGAUAUUGGCAAAAUGUUUCAAUUAUCUGGUCAAUACCCAUUCAAACAAAAAGACGUUCAUUUAGAAUUCACUAUUGGUAAUUGUAAUUUUAGUGAUGCUCAAAUCUUGGAAAAUCUUCAUGCUGCUUCCAAGGCAAUCUAUGGAUCAAUCGACCCUAAAGCUACCAAGAAGACCACUGUUGGUAAAUGUCAUUUAAAUGUUUUCCAAAGUCCUGGUAUUGUUAUUGAUUUAGAAUCUUUACAAGCAUAAUCCCUACACAACUGUACAUAGUAAUAACUAAUAGUAUUCACUCAUUGCAACUUCUUUUUGAGAAGUUCAUCAAUAUCAAUUUUGUAGAACAUAAAACAACCAGUUAUGACUAUCCAACAUGGGAACCAUCCAAGGAUAACCACGAGCCAAGUCCAACAUUGUAAAUCGUUCCAUGCAAGCACCAACCCUUCAAAUAAGUCACUGCCGUUACCCAAGACAUUUCCAGCUGUUAAUACAACAAAGAAAGGAUUGGAAACGAUUAAACAAAUAAUAGUACCAAUGUAUGCCUUGUCCUUAAAGUCUUGUCCUGUAAACUGGUUCAUUAAAGUAGGUACAAAAGUCAAGGGUAACACUAAAAUACCAAUCAUUAAUGCAAGCGAAAAAUGAACAAUAAGUAAUGCAGUAAUCAACAAACUAAUCAACAAUAAAGACAAAGAAAUCAAUGAAAAUGUAAUUGUCUUGGAUAAUCUCUUCUUGAAAAAUAUAGAACCCACUGAAAGAAAUCCUAAACUCAGCAAUACGAGCAAUGAUACUGCAGAAACCUGAUCUCCUUCACUUGUAGCUACCAACUUAGGGAUACUGAGUGCCAACCCUAAACAGACAAUUUCUACAUAGGUAAAUGUUCUCAAGAUAAAUGAUAAAUUAGAUAUGGCUUCGUUUCUGUCAAUGCUUAAAAUUGCACUUAAUGCACUAAUGGCAAGACUAACGGCUAGGAUAACUGCAGCAGGUAAAUAAGUACCAAUUGAAAUGAAAUUCUUUGAAGACAUUAACAAGUAAAAGAAAAAUGAUUGAUGAAACUUUUCCAACAAAUUGUUGACACUUCUGAAGGUACCAUCAACCACUCUACCAAGUUGAGUAAUAUCUCUAUGUUCUUCACCUUUAUCUUUGGUUCUUGCUCUUAAAGUAAUUGCUUGGAUCUGCCAACCAGAAAAUUCUUCACAUCCAUUGGUGUUCUCUUGGGUUAAUCCAGUCAAACAAGACAGGAUGAUACCUUUAACUAAAGUUAACAAUCUGGUAGUAUAAUCAAUGUUUUUAUUGUCAAUACCUUCAAUUGAAACUUUGAUAUUUUCGUGGUAAUUGAUAACAUUGGCUGUAUUUAAUAAAUCAAGGUUAGGGAAUUGUCCAUUUAAUCCAUGAUAAAACAUAUCUAUAAAUUCAAAAUAAUCACCCAAUGUCUCAUCAUAUUCAAGCACAACCGCAGCUUCAAUAGAACCAGCGGUUUCAUCAAGAUCCGUAUGGUACGCGUCAACCCAUGAUCGUAGAGAUUUUCUUGAAUCUGGUGGAAACACAAACACAAUAUUCUUACUCCAAAUUGACAUUCUUGUGAAAUAUCUGGCCAAACCCAUAGCCAAGGCCAUAGCACCACUAUUAUACUUUCCUUCACUGGUGGCCCAAGGAACAACCAAUGCCAUUGCUUCUGUAUUUUCACCUCUUGGUGCAUGCAUAAUUGCAUAGAGAGUAUCAUUAGCGAAGCCAUUAACAUGGUAUGAAGUAGUCAAUCCUAGUUGUUCAAGCCAUGAUUCAAGAAUCUUGUUUCUAGAACUUACAUCUUGGUCAGAUAACUUGGUAAUUGAUUCACGGUAUCCUCUAACUAUAUUCCAUUCACUUUCUCUAAAAUAUGAAGUGACUUGUGCUGGCAUUAACGCAUUUUCAGAUAUAUAUGUGUUUCGAUAAUUACCAUCCAUGGGCAACAGAAUUAAGUAAAGUAUACUGGACACGGCUAAUAAGAAUGAACAUAGUGGUAGGAACUUGAUGAUUUUGGGGAUCAAUCCAAGUUUGUGGAUUUUACGUAGCACGGUUUCAGCUAAAGCCAUGAUUGAAUACUCCUCAAUUGGCUAUCUAUAAGUUGCUGUGUUGUUUUG